AAUUUUAAAAAGCUUGCACACUGUAAUAUUAAAUAAAAAAACAUAACUUUGAAUUGAAGAUAUUAGGAGAAUAUCGCAUUUGGUUGUAAGCUUCAUGUUUUGUUGUAGCUUUUCUAUGUACAUUUUUAGUAUAAGUGACUGCCCAUUACAUUAGUAUGUUGUCCAUUUAGUAAUUAAGAUAAUACAUAUUUCGCAUAAAGUUUUAAAAUUGCAGUAGCGGUUUGUUAAAUCUUAUCCAAGAGAUGUUUGCAAAAAGAAAAUAUUAGAUGGAGAACCUAUCAAAUUCUCUCAAAAAAAUAAUGUUAUACAGAAAUACUGUUGCAUAUAAAAGUAAAAACAUUGCCAAUUAGUAAAAAGUAGUUCUAAAUGUAAAGACCAGUCACAAGUCUUGUCAAGCAGCAGAGGUAACUGACAGUGCCAGUGCUGAUAUCUACAGUAACUGUUGAGACUCCGGCCUGUGUGUGAGAGAGGUGGAGAGCUCCUAUAGGAGAGGCGGACAUGACAACAAGACAAGAGAAACAUCAGAAUCUAUACCCACGAUGGAUGUUCUGGAAGAAGAGGCGCCACUUGUUAACUUUCCUCGCAUUCCUGGGGUUCCUCAACAUGUACAUUGCGCGUGUGAAUCUCAGUGUCGCUAUAGUAGCCAUGAACUCUCCAUAUAACGUCACUCUGGAGGAUGGUACUGUGCUUGAGAAACAAGAUUUCAACUGGGACUCCAAAAUGAGAGGGCUUGUCCUAAGCUCCUUUUUCUACGGGUAUAUGAGCACCCAACUGUUGGGAGGGUGGUUGGGAGCAAGAUUCGGGGGCAAGAUGGUGUACGGGUUGGGGGUAGCAGUUACCGCCUUCCUCACCCUAGUAACUCCUCCCUUCGUCAACAUUAGUGUAUACUUGCUGCUGUUACUGCGAGUCCUGGAGGGAUUUUGUGAGGGAUUAGCAUACCCUGGCAUGCACGCCCUGUGGGCUCAGUGGGCUCCUCCCCAUGAGCGAGCUCUCAUGGUAUCUAUCGCCUACGCCGGAGCCUCCGUGGGCUCUGUGACUGCUCUCCCUGUCUCGGGUCUGCUGGGCGCCACGCUCGGUUGGCCGAGUAUAUUUUAUUUCUCAGGUGUGGUUGGUCUGGCAUACAGCGUCUCGUGGUUCGCUGUGGUGAAGGAUCAUCCGGAGGAAGACCCUUACAUCACUCCCGAGGAGUUGAAGUACAUUCAAGAAUCGUUGGGUCAUCAUCGUAGCAGCACGAAUUGUCUGGUAACACACCCAUGGAUGAAGCUCCUGACGUCGGUGCCGGUGUGGGCGAUUGUGGCCGCCUAUUUCUGUGAAUUCUGGGGCUUCUACACACUACAAACACAACUACCAACCUUUCUGAAAGACGUAUUUCAAUUCGAGCUAGCCAAGGCCGGGUUUGUCUCAUCUCUGCCCUAUCUGGUGAUGGCCAUCAUGUUCCUGGUUGCCGGGGGCCUCAGCGAUUGGCUUCAAUCCUCUCAUAUCUUGUCAGUUGUUCAGGUACGGAAACUGUUCACUUGCGGUGCCCUGACCCUCCAGGCCGGUUGUAUGACUCUCGCCGUGCACCUGGAGACUGCCACUGGAGUCGUCCUGUGUCUGGUGGUCGGCUUGGGCUUGGAAGCUUUUGCUAUCGCCUCUUUUGGGGUGAACCACCUGGACAUCGCACCUCGACACGCCAGUGUCUUGUUUGGGAUCUCAAACACUUUCACUUCCUUUUCCGGUAUCCUGAGUCCCUUGCUGACUGGAUACGUCGUGACCACUAAGAGCCCAGAACAGUGGCACACAGUUUUCUACGUAUCCAGCGCUAUCUAUUUGGUGGGUGCCGUCUUGUACGGUAUAUUCGCCUCCGGUGAAGUACAGCCUUGGGCAAUGGAGAAUACUACGCUUGAUUGUGAAACUGUAAAAGCUGAUAGUUCGGUUAACAAUAAAGCUAUUUCAAACAACUGAAAGAAGCAUUUUAAACUUU